UUUUCUGAAUUACCAAUUCCAAUUCCAUGUACGACAUCAAGCUAAAAAGUUACCUAAAACUAAACGCCUCUCCCACCCUCACCAGCCGUCACCACCACCACCACCGCCAUCACCUCACAUCUCCUUCACUUUUCACCCUCAGUCAACAGAUCCUUCUUGAAUCCUCUCUCCAAAUACAAAGAAAUAUCUCUCACCACCAUGAACAUCUUGAACAAGCUCGGCUUCGGCUCCGGCUCCCCGAGGGCCACUCAAUCCACAGCAGAUGCGUCGAUUCCGCAGGGCCUGGACGAAGAAGCUCCGGCACCGGGCCAGCAGUUCGCGCAGUUCGGGGCGGGUUGCUUCUGGGGCGUUGAGCUGGCCUUCCAGAGAGUUUCUGGCGUCACCAAGACUGAGGUCGGGUAUAGCCAGGGCUUCCUGCACAAUCCCAGCUACGAGGACGUGUGCUCGGGAACCACCAACCACUCCGAGGUCGUCAGAGUCCAGUUCGACCCCAAGGAGUGCAGCUUCGAUUCUCUGCUUGACGCGUUCUGGGCCAGGCAUGACCCAACCACGCUCAAUCGGCAGGGGAAUGAUGUGGGGACACAGUACAGAUCCGGUAUAUACUUCUACACGCCUGAGCAAGAGAAGGCAGCGAGAGAGUCUCUGGAGCGUCAGCAGAAGCUCUUGAACAGGAAGAUUGUGACUGAGAUUCUGCCUGCCAAAAAGUUCUACCAAGCAGAGGAAUACCAUCAGCAGUACCUUGAGAAAGGUGGCCGCUUUGGCUUUAAACAGUCUACUGCCAAAGGCUGCAAUGAUCCGAUCCGAUGCUAUGGCUAAGUCUCUUUCAAUGGCGAGCCCAAGCCAAAGGGUUAUAUUCUAGUUAGAGUCCUGAGACUGUUUGUCUAUAGGUUUGUCCUUUUGCCUACCAUAUUCAUAUGCCUGUGUGGUUAUGAUACUCUGCUGCAAUAAGAAUGCCGGUGUAUUUACCUUUUAGACAUGGAUCUGUAAAUUAGUUACAGAGUUUUCCAACCAGCAUCAACAUUUGUAUCUACACCGGCGGCAUGUUUUUUCUUUUGGUCGGAGGUUCACUAUGCUAGUUUGACUAGUUGGUAUAUAUGAAAAGCUUUUCUGUCCUA